AUUAUCAAGCACACUCGCGAGCGUUGGCGACGUUUCUUUGCUAGUGGAGCAUUUUUUUCCGCGGAACGAACACUUGUACUUGGUCUUGUAACAGCCUUCAAGGAUUUCUAUUACUAACAAUGGCGACUGCGUGGAUUUCAGCGAGUGUGCACGGUCCGUUCCCUCCGCAUAUGGUUCCGGGCGGGCACGAUAGUGACGGCGCCCAGAUCUUCGUCGGUCGUGCCCAUUACGCAGGUGAUCUUCUGCCAGCGAAAGUGCUGCCGGACAAGAGUGCCGCGUACGUGGCGUACGGUGGCCAGGAGACGCUCGUCGACCAGGUCGAGGUGCUGGUGCAGCGACAGUUGGUGUGGGAUACGGCUCACGCCGGCCAGGUACCACUCGGAGCGAUCGUCGGUGGACACACUUCGGGUGGAGAACCGCUGUACAUUGGGCGUGCUUACCACGAGGGUUCACAGACGGUCGGCAAGGUGCAAUGUUCUCAUAACUGCGUCUACAUUCCGUACGGUGGGGCGGAGGUGCCCGUCCAGACGUACGAGGUUCUGUGCGAGCGAUAAGUCAGCACACCCCGGCAUUCGAUUCGAUCAGACAAAAGUGAAAUGGGGCGUGUUUAGUUUCGCUGGACGUUUCCCAAAGGAAUCUAUUUAAACAAGACAUUCAACUA